CAUUUAGUUACUUUACUUGUCUCAAAGUUACUUCAAUAAUAUAUCGCUGCUGUAUCAAAUAAUUUAAUACAAGUGCUUAUUAGGAAAGAACGCUAAAAAAAAUGAAGAACUUAAUCUUAAAAAACAUUAUUGUGGCAAUACAAUUAAUUUUCCUGGGCAGAAUAAAUAUUACUGUUUCAACAAUUUCACAAAAUAAUAAACAUACGAUUCCAUCGAAUGCUCAAAGCUUUGAAAGUGAAAGUCAUUUUGUGAUAGUUAAUGAGUGGAAGUAUCUAGACUUUGUGUAUCCAACCUUUGUUGAUCGUCAAAAGGCCAUUCAAAAUGGAGAAUUUAUUCCAAAAAAUAAUGUGCCUUUGGGGAUUGAUUCUCAUCUGAACCGUUUGUUUAUUACAACUCCACGAUGGAAAAAUGGCGUUCCCGCAACUUUAAGCACCAUUUCGUAUCCCUCAAAGGAAAUAAGUCCAGCACUUAGACCAUAUCCAAAAUGGGAAGAUCAUGGAAAUCCACAAAAUCCCGAUUGCUCAAAAUUAAUAUCAGUAUAUCGAACAGUGAUAGAUAAAUGCCAACGAAUUUGGGUAAUUGAUUCAGGUAUUGUAAAUGCCACAAUUAACUUGAAACAGAUAUGUCCACCGAAAAUAGUUGUGUAUGAUCUAAAUUCUGAUAAAUUAGUUCUUCGGUACAAUUUUCCAAAAUCACAAGUAAAAGAGGAUUCUUUACACUCAAAUAUUGUUGUGGAUAUAGGAAAAAACUGUGAAGACGCACAUGCCAUAGUUUCAGAUGUAUGGAGAUAUGGUCUUGUUGUUUACAGUAUGUUAAAACACAGAAGUUGGCGUAUCACAAACUACAACUUUUCUCCAAACCCAAUUGCAUCAGAUUUUACAAUUGAUGGACUAAAUUUCCAAUGGUUAGAUGGAAUAUUUGGAAUAAGUAUCGCUCCUAAUCAAUCAAAAAAGGAUAGGGCUCUUUAUUUCCACCCAAUGGCCAGUUUUAAGGAGUUUAUGGUUUCGAUGAAUCUCUUGCUUAACGAACCGUUGUGGCAAUCAAAUACCCAGGAAAACGCGAAGUACUUCUUUUCAAUUGGAGAUAGAGGAUUUAACGGGCAAUCAUCUACAUCAGGAAUUUCAAGGAACGGAGUAAUGUUUUUUACCCAAGUUCAUCAAAAUAACAUUGGAUGCUGGAAUAUAGAGAGACCAUAUAUUAGAGCGAAUUUGGGAAAACUGGUCCAAGAGGAUAAUCUUAUUCAAUUUCCCAAUGAUAUAAAAGUAGACAACGGUGUUGACCAAAAUGUGUGGAUAAUGAGCAAUCGCUUACCUGUAUUUCUAUAUAGUCAACUUGACUUCGGUCAAAUCAACUUUCGAAUUUUAAAAGCUGAUAUUAAUAGAAUCAUUCAGAACACUGUGUGUGAUCCAAUUAAUACAUACAAUAAUGGAUCAAAGUCGGCUGUUGUCUCAAUAGAAGAGGGUCAAUGUUAUUAAAAACAUUUUUAAUGCAAUUUAAGUUCAAAAUUUUUUGU